GCAUCCAUUCCCGUUGUCACGGAUUCCAAUGUCAGGCGUCGCGAGCGGCGAUGGCGUCGGUUUUGAUCGUCGCUGUGAUAUUUUGUCAGGCAGGCGCAGGCUGAGGGGGGAAAUGUUAGCCGCGCUAGCCCGCGAAGGCGUUGGGAAUACGUCACUCGCAUUUCUCCCGCUCUUUUUCCACGAUCAGCGGACACUUUGUGCGCCACGAGAACCGCGCGCUUUAGCCCACUGUGUGCUCGGUGUCGUUUUCUGACGUUACUUCAAAAACUCUUCUGAAAUCUAGCGCGAACGGCAGCCUGGGGUUUGGACGCACACAUGUUUUGUUUCGCUGAUAUUCGCGGAAAUGUUACGUCGUUUAAUUCCAAGCGCUUGCUAGCUGUCAAAAACAGCAUACUGAAAGGUGAGGACAAGAAUGAAGACCAGGAGGGCUCAAAAGACAAGACGCAGAAGCAGAAGAAAAACAAAAGGGAACGGCAAGAUGUGGAAAAACUCGAGGCCACAGUGUCCGUUCCUCCACCCCCGCCCCUCCUUACGCAGGGGGAUGUUGGACAACAGACAGAGGCAGGGAAGUCUGAACCCGUUGACCCUGAAGUUGGAGCUGCUCUCAGCGCUCCAGAAUCUUCCGCAUCAGCCAAGCAGCGGCGUUCCAUCAUUCGGGACAGAGGCCCACUGUAUGACGACCCUUCACUGCCUCAAGGUUGGACGCGCAAGCUGAAACAGCGCAAGUCGGGGCGAUCCGCUGGAAAAUUUGAUGUCUACCUGAUCAACCCAGAAGGGAAAGCCUUCCGUUCCAAAGUGGAGCUCAUGGCAUACUUCCAAAAGGUGGGCGAUACCACCACAGAUCCCAAUGACUUUGACUUCACAGUCACGGGCCGCGGGAGCCCCUCUCGCAGAGAAAAGAGGCCGCCAAAGAAGCCUAAAGUGGUCAAACCUUCUGGUCGCGGGAGGGGUCGGCCCAAAGGCAGUGGGAAGGUACGGCAGGCCACAGAAGGGGUGGCUGUAAAGCGUGUCGUUGAAAAGAGUCCAGGAAAACUCCUUGUAAAGAUGCCCUUUGUGGCACCCAAAACUGAACCAGGGGCUUCAGUGGUGCAAGCGGCAGUUGCCAAAGUGCGCCGAGGGCGCAAGCGGAAAUCAGAACAGGAACCGCCGAGCACCCCCAAAAAACGUGGCCGCAAGCCAGCAGCUGCUUCACAGUCGGCGGUGGGGACGGGUUCAGCCGCUGCAUACGCGGCCGCAGCCAUUCUCACCGCCGAGGCCAAGAAAAAAGCUCAGAAGGAGUCUUCCGUAAAGCCUGUUCAAGAAAGGGCACUUCCCAUUAAGAAACGCAAAACUCGAGAGACUUUAGAGGAGUUGGAAGGUUCCACCACCUCCAUGACGGAGACGUUUGUACCCGUGAUAGCAAAACGACUGACUGCAUCAACUGUGACCCUUACAGGGGAGGAGGUAGAAACAGGACAGAAGUCUCACAAGCAUCCCAGCCGGAAGCACAAAGAGGCGUCCACGGAUCCGGGAAACGGCAGCAGCAGCAGUAGCGGGACGGCAACCAGCGGCAGCAGCAGCGGCAGCGGACCGAAGUGUCACAAGAAGAGAGAUCAUCGAGGGCAGCACUUUAAACACCACCACCAUCACCACCACCACCAACACCACCAUCUGCAGGCCAUGCCGCCCUCCACCUACACUCCGCAGGCUCACCAGCUCUCCCUGGGUCACUCCACGCAAGGGGGGGCGCCUGCGACAACGGAAAACGAACCCCAGGACUUGAGCACCUCCAGGCCCAGAGCGGAACAUGUGGCCUGCCGGGAGGAAGCAAGAACUGAUAGCUCCUCGAGCAGGGACGCUCAGAACGCAAGCAAGAUGGCUUCCUCUGACCUGAGAGGGCAGCAGACGACUGUGACGGGGGAUGGCAAGGAGCUGAGAGACAUUGUUCCUCCCUCCGCCGUUCCAAGGCCGAGCCGAGAGGAAACAGUCGAGUCCCGGACACCAGUGAGCGAGCCAGUGAGCUGACUGACUUAAGUGAUGGAUCGGGUGCGGAAGAGUUGGAGGCGGUCAUGGCGAGACGAGUGAUUUUUCGUUCUUUUUUACUGAGGAAAAGAGAAAAAGGAAACAAAAAUAUACAAAAAUGUAAACGUACUUAUACAAAAGGCAGCUGUUGUGUCUCGUUCUCUCUGUGGGUUGGACGCGGGGCGAUAAUUCUCUUGCUUCCGGAUGAAUUCUCUGCUAACCUUUUUCUUUAUGGUUUCCUUUUAUUUCCCACUAUAUCUUUGUAUUAGUAUAUCUUAGCACUCACCUAAACCAGUUAUUCCUUUGUCAGAGCUUGUAGGAAGUAGAAACACACUCAAGUGGUAAUGGAUGCACAAGUCACAUGCCAUAGUUGUCGUAAAGCGAAACUUUCCGAUCAAAGAUGCUCUCGAAAGUACUAAAAUGCAGCGUAGCCAUGUCAUCUCAACCCUAGAAAAAAGGUGUCCUAUCAGUGUGUUCUUCCUUUUGUGUCUAAAACGAAGGGGCAAAUCCGACAGCAAGCUGAAGAAAAAAGGGCCACAUUUCCGAUCACCACCUUUCCAUUUGAGUCGGACGCAGCUGUUGCAGCAUCAUCACCUUUGAAAUAAGACGCUAGCUUAACUCUGACAGAAAUGAACUUCCUAGUCGUGGGUUUGUGCCAAGCUGAUAUUUCCAGCCUGUUGACCUGUUAAGAUCAAUUGAAUUUGGAAGCAGUAUUUCCUUUUGAGUUGUUGGUAUUUUUAGUGCACAUGUCUAUUAAUUAUCAGUAGUUUGGUUAACCUAAUAAUCACCAGUUUCGGAGGUGCCUGAGAAAAUGCAACUAGAGCGGAAAGCUCUAUUUUUCAUUUUCUCUGCUGGGGGAGAUAAAGCACAAAUGAAUUUGUUAGGGAGUAUUGAAAGCACAGUCCAGUGUAGCAUCUGGAGUAGAUGUCAGCUCGAGUAAAAGAAUACGAGAAAAGGAAUUAGUUAUGUUAACCUGCUUUUUUUCCAUUAAGUACAAUUUAAAUAGUGGCCUUGUGUUCUUACGACACAAAUCCCUACCAAAAAAAAAGCAUACCGUUUCAAAUGUAGCUUUUGGUUUUAUCAUGUGUGGUUAUAGACUUAUCCCAUAGAGCUGCUGUUCUAAAAACGAUUCUGAUGGAAAAGUUAAUAGAUGGCUAUAUUUAUAUAAUGUCUUGUCAGGCUGUAGUUGUGUCAAAUGCAUGGGUUGCUGAUGUUUGCGUGCUUUGCGUGCUAUUUAUUACAGUACUCCGACAUUGUCUUUCUUGUACAUAAAGGUUUAUAAAGCCAGGUUCAGCACUGAUGAUGAGGGUUAAGUGUUAUAGAUACAUAAAUAUUUUUAAUUAUGAGUAUUAUGAAACAUUACUUGGCAACAAAUGAAAGAAAACCUUGCAUACAUUGUACAACACCAUGCAAUCAUGAAUAGUUCUAUUAGUUUUCUAAAGUCUUCUUUUUCAAAAUGACAAAGAAUAUUUGCAAUCAGAAAGAAGGACACCAAAUCACAGGUCCGUGCAUAAAGUUGUGAGAGAUUGAACAUACUAAAGAUGUCUUGGUAAUUAAUUUGAUUGUACCUUUGAGAUGAAACAAUCCUAAGGAAAUUCUGAAUUUUCUUCUUUGUUGAUUAUGUAAAAUUAGGAUUUUACAGAAAAUAUACAGCACUUUUUCCAUUUCAUUUUUGUUUCUUCUUCUAGAUGAAAUGCACCUUAAUUUUAAAACACUUUCACAGAAUUUAAUAUUGGAAUUGUGAGAAACAUACCAAUUUAAUAGCAUAUAUUUUUCUGAAUUGCUUUGCACAUACUUCAGUUUCAUGUCCGGAGGUUGUAACUUUUUUUUAGAUGUGUGUCAGCAGCAUAGAAUGCAUGUUCAGUGUUGUUAUAAAGAUCCAUUCUUUUGUUUAGAUUUGCUUUCUCUGUACAAAUACCCCAUAUUUACCAAAUUAUCACGCAUAAAGGCUACAUUUGACUUACAGUAGUGUUGGGUCAGAGUCCAGCUUGUUAGGUCUGAGUCAAGUUAAAAGUCCUUAGUCAAUUAAGUUUGAGUGGGAAACCAUUAUUAAUGAAUUGUCAUCUUAAUGUUAUGUUGUUACUCUUUUUAACGUUCAUGUUAUACAUGAUGUGGAUUCAACUGUACUCAGUAAAAAAAAAGUCCUAAAUGGCAGAGUUCAUUCAUAAUUGCAGUCCGAGUCCAAGAACCCCAACUCUAACGUACAGUAUUUGUGAUCGCGUAUCUAUGGCCAGUAAUGAGGUGACAAACGCAGUUAGUUAGUAAAUGUCCUGAUGUUUGACUGCUACAUGCAACUCAGUGUGCUUGUCAAAUCUAAUCUAAUUAAUAAAUCAAAAUAAAAAAAGGAAAUUAUAUAUAUAUAUAUAGCCAGACAAACCAUACAAUUAUUUUUUUGUUAUACCAAUCUUCACAGAUCUCUGGAUCUGAUGUCAUCACAGAUUGUGAGGGGUUGCUCUUUUUUCCACAAACUAUUGUGUUCAGUUUUGUCUGUGUAUACAUUCAUAGUUAUUGUGGCUUGGGUGAUGGAUGUGCAUUGCCACUGACAUAAAUGCUGAAAAAUAUGUACUACUAAACCUUAAUUAGAGUCAUAACACUCAGCACUUGUUAAAUCUUUUCAUCUGGUAGUUCAACUAGAGUAGGGUGUUGUUUUGGAUGUUUGCUGUCGUUUAGGGAUUGAAAUGCAUGCGAGAGAGAACUUACCAGUCCUGUUUUUCCAAGUGUGUUUUAGAGUAGCCUUGUUGUCUGCUAUGUCAAAUACAUUUAAAGAAAAAAGAAUAAUUUUAUGUUGUGUAGAUUAAAUUACAAUCGACAAUCACAAGGAACAUUGCAUAUUUAUUUUUCCCCUCAAGUCUUAUUAAGAUUGAAAGCAUCUCCACUCUCUUCCUCCAGCCUCCCGCUCCCUCGACCCUCACCGGGAAGAGGCAUAGAAAAUAAAAGAGCGUUUCUGCUCAGAACAAGGGCUAUGUAAUCAUUUCAAAUAGUCAAAAGCAGAUGAAGGAAAUGGAUUUUUAAGUCAGAGGAGCACACGGUCUGGUCCUCGCUGUAAAGACAAACUCAGUUAAUUGCUUGACGUCAAACAAGAGACUUUAAGUGUUAAAGUCAAACACCACGGGCUCACCCUCUGUCCUCGGCAGAGUUUGAGCGCUCACUUAACCGGCGGCUGACGUUGUGACCUGUCUGCGGUGAACGUCUCCCUGGUUUGACUAAACUCGAGCUGGAGAUUGGAGGUAGACGAAUGGAUUCCUUUACCUUGAACUCGGCAAGCACAUUCUGAGUUACAGGAACGAAACCUCCAGACAUGAAUUGAAGUUACGACUCACAACUCACAAGCUGCAUCAGUCUGGCGGAAAAAGAAAGGGUAGUGCCUUUAUUUUGGGAGACUUACUAAGGUGGUAGAAGUGACCUUUGAUUCUAAAGAAACACCUUUAUCCCAACGAAGCAACGUGGAUGGUGAAUUUACUCAAAUGCUUGGAUUUUAUUUGGUCAUUUUUCAUAAGUAGAACGUGCACUGGUGUGUGUGUGUGUGUGUGUGUGUUGUAACUAGGGUAUCAUUUUUCUUUUUUUCCAUCAGCUGGGCAUCUGUGUCCACCUAGAAAUUAUGUAUUGUUAAAAACCCUCUGCUUUAUGAACUUCUUGCCUUUUGUAGCGCUCAACGCCCACUGACAAAAAUGGAGCCCUAACAAAUGGGUAAAGACAGAAUAAGAUGAUUACUUUUAUUAUUUAUAUUUGUUUGUUUUAUUCCCUCAUUUGGGUUAUUUGUGCCUCUGGCAGUGAAAUAUGCUUUAGGAAUGUCCUUGUGUCCCUGUAGCCAAAAAUACAUGCUAUGUACGUGAACAUGUAUCAAUAUGCAUGAUUGCCAUUAGAAGAUAGGACAUUGCUUGCCCUUUACUAUUAUAUAUAAGAUGUUUUCGAACAGCACUCCAAGAGCUGAGCCCAACCACACCAACCGAAUCUGAAGGCUUUCAUGAGGUAUAAAAUACUGAAUGUGUUCUGUUUAAUGAAGGUUGUGCACUUCGGUCUGUUUGAUAUGAACAGAUUUAUUUCAUUGAAGUAUUUUUUGAUUUAGCUGAUGGUAGCUGAGUUUGGGCUGCUAACGCCACUACUUGUAGUGGCUAGAGUAAUUUGUAGAUUUCUGUGUUAGAUUUAUUUUUAUUAGUAGAAUUAUUAUUAUUAUUAUUUUUCAAUUAUAAAUCCAAUAUUUGAAAUAGACCGUUUUAUCUUCGUAGCAAUAGUAUACCCAGCAGAUCGGAAAUGAGUUUUCUCCUUUAGAUUUGUGUAACAGUAGGACUGAAGUAAAAGAAAUUUACCCUUAUGACUAAAAUGCAGCACUCUGAAUUGUGCAAGGAGGACAAUUCAGAGUCAAAUGAAACGGAAGUUAAACUACAAGAAACAGAUUCCAGAUCCACCGUGGUAGAAAGUUCAUGGUCUGUUUAACAUAGUCUUGUGCCUUGAAGUUUCAGUAAUAGAAUUUAUCUUUCUACUGUAGUUGUAUUUUUAUUCCGAGUCAUGUGUUUGCCUCUUGUUGGUAUUCAGUGCUUUGGAUGUAUUAAGGAUUUAUAGAGAUCAAGAAUAUGUUUGCCUUGCUUUAUUUUCUUAAUUGAGAAGAAAAAAAAAGGAUAACAUUAGGGAGAUGUACUUGGGCAAUAUUGACGAUGUAAAAAGCUAUAGGAUUUUGAUGUGUUUUUUUUUUUCUUUUCAUCCCUGUUAUGUUGAAUGUCUCACAGUUUAUUGAGUACUGUGUGUUUGUUGGGAAAUAUUCACCAUUUUGACACGACCAUAAAAAAAAACUUGGCCUCAAACAUAAUCUUCCAAUCACAUCGCAUUUUAUGAGGAAAAACAAAACAAAAAACAAAACAAAAAAACCCUUCAGCUUUGACCGGAAGGACAACGAGUCUAAGAUCUGCACUUUAUAAAGUAUGUUUCCCGGCAGGACACCCAUUAACUUUUUCUAUGUAUUUUUUACCUUUGUCCAAAGCAGUUUUGUUUUCAUAUUAUUUUUUGAUUUAGUUUUAAAUAAAAGGGAUGGGUAGUAUGUAUCUUUAAAAAAAAAAAAAAAUGUUAUUUUAACCAAACAAUCCUACAGACUAGGUGUCAGUGGUUAUUCACCAUCUGCCCAGCUAAGUCCUUGCCUUCCUGAAAGUGAAAAGUAUAGUUUGUGUCUACUUUUAUAGUACUGUGUUACUGUAUAAUUUGUUUGCCGUAUGUAACAGAUACACAAUAGUAAACAACAUUUACCUGC